AUGGUCGAUGCUCUAUGGAACCCUACAAUCGACGAGGUAAGGAGCCUCCCGCGAUCCACCGCCUCCAUGCCGCUGAUUUGGACGAACGCUUUCAUUUAUUAUGUUUUGGGUUUUGAUCCCUCAUCCAAGGACUACAAGGUGAUCAGAAUUCUCAGCAAUUCUGCUGCCGAGUUCUACACACUUUUGAGUCAUGAGCUCCAGAAAGAUGGAUUGGGGAUGUGGAGGUCCGGUUCUUCGUCGGGUGGGCUCUCCAUGGAGGUUGAUCGAGAUGGGCUGUUCGACAUACAGCUGCCCAACGCUGAUGCUUCAGAUGGAAGCAAAUUUUGUAAGGUGAUAGAGUAUUACCGGUUAUUUGGGAGAGUUAUGGCAAAGGCUCUCCAGGAUGGUAGGUUCCUGGAUUUGCCGCUUUCGGUUGCCUUUUAUAAUCUUGCUUUCGGUCAAGAUGAUGAAUUGGAUAUUUCACCUGUGGAAAUUGAUGAGGCUUUGGUGAUUGAAGAUGAUGAUAUAUCUGAUGAGGACGAUGAUGAUUUGAUUCCCAUGCAUAUGAUGGAACAUCUUUUGCCGACUGUUGAGGAGUGUGCUGUGUGUGAAAUGGAAUCUCAAAUUCAAGUGUCCAUCGUGGCCGACCUCGCACAGCCCAAGAACCCAGACAGAGGCCAUGUCGACAUGGGCCAUGCAGUCAACGUGCUAGUUGAGAAGUGGAGGCCACUCGAUGACGAGACUGAGCAAUAUUGUGGCGUCGACUACAGCCUGCCCCUCGACCAAAUGGUGAAAGACUGGCAAGAGGCUGAGGGCAAGAACAUAGGUUACGCUACAUACACCACAUUAGUUGUACCUAUAAAUUCAUUAUUGUGUCUAACACCAGUGACGCGUGGUGGAGCUCACGCGGAGGAUCCGGCGCCGGCGGGCGAGGUGCGCGGCUCUGGGAGAGAACGCGUGCAGCUGGGCCUCAUCUUGGUGAACGGGUUAUGCAGGCUGACCGGCGGCGACAUCGAACAGAUUGGCGACGAGAAGGGAGCUUUCGGAGGCGAAGAACAUCAUCAACACGUGGUGGAGCUCGCGUGGGGGAUCCGACUCUGGCGGGGAGGUGUGCGACUACGGGAGAGACCGCGUGCGGCUGGGCCUGAUCUUGGCGAGCGGGGUACGGGCUGA